AUGGACCCCGUGUCGGCCGCCGGGUUCGCCUCCUCUCUGAUCACCUUCAUCGACUUCUCCUACAAGUUGAUACACGGCUCUGUCGACCUCUACAAGUCAGCUGCUGGGGCCACGGAUGACAACGUCCGGAUCAGCAGCAUUGUCGAGGAUCUGAGGAAGAUCACCGAGACGAUCUCAACGCCCGCUCCCCCUGAGGAUGAUGGACCGCACUCGCGGGAGCUUAACAAACUGGCCCUUGAGUGCCAAGAUGUCUCCAAGGAACUUGCAGACAUACUCGAGACGUUGAAGAGGCGAGAAGGGAAUAAAGCAUGGCGCAGCCUCGAAGCGGCAUGGAAGAGCAUGCGCAAGUCGGAUAAAGUGGCAGCGCUUGUAAACCAAUUGGCCACAUAUCGCAUGCAGCUCCUUCUGCGCCUCGGUCUCAUCCUCAAUGACAAUCAGAUCUCAGUAGAGAAGCAGCUGAGCGAAUUGCAGAAAGGGAACACAGAUCACUUUGCUCAGACGAUCACCCAGCUCGACAAUGUUCGUCAGGCGAUCGAGAACCUGGAAAAAAAGGUCAUGGGCGAGGCUGGCCAUGCACUUCAUCCGUCGCCUGACAUGAACUCCUCCCACGGUGCUUUGCAUGAACUCUGCACCGAACUCUCUUUGAUCGUCCAGAAUCUCCGCGCCGUUGCUGCGAGGGCGCCGGCGGACUUGCAUGUGCUGAACCGGCUGUAUUUCGAGAGCCUGCAUGCUCGCGAAGACGAUGUCAGUGACGCAGAAUUCAAUACCUUUGCCUGGCUUCUCCAUGAGGAAGGGGGUGAUGAAGAAAGCGGCGCGGAGAGCGACGAAGAGAGGGGCGAGGAGAGCGACGAAGAGAGUAUCGACUCGUAUUACAGCAGUAAAACUGAAGCAUCUACCGGUGGGAGCAAUCAUGACACUGGAGACGAUACCGACAGCCCGACUCACACCGCUGUGGCAAACGACGAAGCCGUCAUCGACGAUGACGAUAUCGAGGACCCCGAUCACGGCGAAGACACGGCUGGCAGUGAAUACAACGAAGAUGACAAUGGCAGUGCCAGCAUCGGCUCUUCCAUUAGUGAUAUUCAGACGUCAUACCUCGAGGUUAGACGAAGCCUUCGGGAAAAAUUCAAGGCAUGGCUCCGGCUAGAAAAUGGAGUCUUCCACAUAUCGGGCAAAGCUGGCUCAGGCAAAUCAACCUUGAUGAAGCGUACCUGUCAGGACCAGGCUUUGAUGGACGGCCUCAACGUUUGGGCUGCCGAUAGGAAGCUCACCCAUCGUUUCUGCUUCUUCAUCGACGGCCUGGACGAGUUUAAGGGCGACAGUUCUGACCACAAGGAGUUGGCGCGGCAACUCCGAGCGUGGGGCAAUUCACCUGAUGUCAAAAUUUGUGUGAGUAGUCGACCCUACCAGGCGUUCCUCGACGUAUUCGACAGCAAGAUGAGAAUCAACAUUGUCGACGCAACGAAGCUCGACAUUUACCGCGUCGUCAAAGGGACGCUCGCUGAGCAGCCAGCCGAUUAUCUAAGCCCGCACAUCUUGCAUGAACUUGCAAUACAAAUUUGGCACCGCGCCGAUGGUGUGUUCCUGUGGGCACGGUUGGUUGUCCGUUCAGUAACGGAAGGCACCCUGUAUCGCUCAAGCCACAGAGCGCUCAUGGAAAAAGUUGAACAGACGCCAAAAGGUCUCAGUGCACUUUUCGGACAGAUGUCCGACAGCAUUGAUUCAUCUGACCGGGAGAGGUCAGACAGGAUGCUCUUGUUCGCCAGCAGACAAGGUCGCGGGCACUUUCUGCUGUACUCGUGGCUUGAUGAUCUGGCGGAUCCCAAGUUUCCAUUUGAGCAGCCGGUUUGUGAGCUGCCAAUGGAAGAAUAUCUUGAGCGCAGGUCUACCGUUGCUGCUCAGCUGAAGCUUCUGAGCAAGGGCCUGCUCGAGAUUUCAGAAGGCAGUGACGACAUUGAUUUCUUCCAUCGAUCGCCGAUGGGCAGCGACUCCAACUUGCCCUCAUAA